GAACUCUUCAUCUCCAUAUAUUUAAAAACAGGUGCUAAUGAACAAAUAUCACCAGCACAUAAUAACAAUUUAACAUAGAAAAUUAAACAACAAUGCCGAUUUAUUCAUCGUCAUCCGACUCUGAGAACGACACUGCAGCACUAUCAAGAACCGGGCAGCGGCCGGUAAGGUUGUUUGGGCGACAAAGGCCAGUACAUGCCGUUCUUGGAGGAGGAAAAGUUGCGGACGUCUUGUUAUGGAGGAACAAAAGAGUAUCAGCCUCGCUCUUGAUAGGGAUGACAGUAAUAUGGUUUCUUUUUGAGGUUGUUGAGUACAAUUUCGUGACUCUUCUGUGUCACAUCUUCAUCACAGCAAUGCUUGUGGCCUUCAUAUGGAGCAGGGCUGCUGAAUUUUUUAAAUGGAAACAACCGAACAUUCCUGAAAUAGUACUGAGUGAAUCCGCAUUCAGAGAUGUAGCUUCAACCUUCCGAGCAAGAUACAAUUAUUUGGUAAUAAAGCUUCUCGACAUUGCAUAUGGGAAAGAUCCAGCGCUGUUCAUUCUGACAAUUAGUGUUCUCUACAUGCUGUCUGUGGUUGGAACCUAUUUCAGCUUUUUAAAUCUUCUUUAUCUUGGUUUACUGUGCUUGGAAACGUUGCCGUUUCUGUAUGAGCGAUAUGAAGACGAUGUUGAUUAUAUUCUUGCGGAUAAAGGGAUGCGUAAAAUGAAGAAAGUGUUCAAAAGGUUUAAUUCCCGGGUUCUGAAUAAGAUUCCAAGAGGGCCAGUGAAAGAACAUUAAUUUAUUAAACCUGAUAAAUUCAUUUUCAGUAACAUUUCUCUGUACUUUAUAAUUAGUUAUACUUGUAUGUAUAUUGUAAUUGUAAAGAUGAAUGUGUAUAAUGUCAAUCUCAUGUGUUCUUAUGUAUCUAAAUAUUCAAAACGUUCAAUACUAUACUACUAUCAUGUUUUAAUGGAUUGAUGUAAAUUUUUAUAUAGUAAGCA